AUGAACUCUCAGACCUCCAAUCUUUUCGACUACGCUCUCAAGUCGAACGACGCAUGGGCAAACUACAAAGGCCAUCAAAACCCGGCAUUCUUUCAAAAGGCUGAGGCCGGUCAGAGUCCAUCUAUCUUAUGGUUGGGAUGCUCCGACUCUCGCGUGCCGGAAACUACGGUCCUAGGACUUCAACCAGGUGAUGUAUUCGUACAUCGUAACAUCGCCAAUAUUAUCUCACCUACCGAUAUAAACAGCAUGGCAGUAAUCGAGUAUGCCGUCGAACACCUCAAAGUAAACCACAUCAUGCUCUGCGGUCACACUUGCUGUGGCGGCGCAACCGCCGCGCUCGACGAUGUUCGCGUCGGUGGUGUCAUUGAUACAUGGAUCACUCCCUUACGUGCCCUUAGGAGGACCAACGCUGAGGAAAUGGCUGAAAUCAAAGAUACUAAACAGAGGGCAAUCAGAUUGGCCGAGCUGGGUGUUGAGAUGGGUGUGCGCAACCUGCUCAACAACUUCUCGGUGAACCAAGCCAUCAAUGAGCGCGGUCUUACUGUUCACGGUUGCAUCUACGAUAUUGGCUGCGGCAAAAUUCGAAAUUUGAGAUGUGGAACCGACAUCUGUAUCGAGCCACCAGCCAGCAAAGCAACGGGACUCGUCCGCGGCGAUCAUGGAACCUUGGUUUUUGCCGACGACGGUAGGAACAUGGCUAUCCAGUGA